AUGGAUUGCGAUAGAAUCAGCGAAUUGCCGGAUUGUCUCCUAACUCAGAUACUCUUAUACCUUCCUACCAAAGUUUCUGUCUCGACAAGCGUUUUAUCCAAGAGAUGGCGAUUUCUCUGGCUUAUGGUUCCUGGACUUGACUUGGAAAACCCUCCUACCAAAUGUUUUGAGAGCUUCAUUGACAAUUUUAUGGAGUCUAAUCACAAAUCACGAAUGCAAAAGUUCUCGAUAAAGUCUCCGGGAGAUCAUAACCGAUUCGUGGAUUGGAUCGAACAGGCGGUUGUAAGCGGAAUUCAUCAAUUAAGUGUUGAUACCAUAUAUCAUUGUAUUAAUAUGCCUCAUAAUAUCUAUCAAAGCAAGACAUUGGUGUCUUUAAAGCUUGCACGAGUAAGGCUUGAGGAUCCAGAAGUUGUUGUUUCUCUACCUUGUCUCAAGAAUAUGUAUCUCGAAAACGUUGAGUACCAUAGUAAUCUUUUGAUUAUUGAGAAACUCAUCUCAGGUUGUCCUGUUCUUGAAGAUGUUACCCUUAUAAUUAAGUAUAGGCAUGUUCCUGGAAAAGAAGAAGUUUCCCAGCUUCUACGUGUGAGGUCUGAGUUUUUGAAGAGCUUUAGUUUCGCGUACAACGGACGUCCUGAUAGAAAAGAUUAUGCAGUUGAGAUUGACGCUGCACAACUUAAGUAUAUGAAAUUCAUGGAUACUGGAUGUGGUAGGAUUGUGGUAAAGAAUCUGAGUUCUUUAUUCAAGGUAGACCUUGAUACUGCAUUUGAUAAGUAUGUGUAUGGCCGCCGAAUUUGGAUACCAAAGAAAUUAAGCAUGAGAGAUGUUAUCCCUAAUUUUCUUACCGGGAUAUCUAGUGUAAGACAUAUGAUCAUCUCUUACAGGACAGUGAGGAUCCUCCAUUGUUAUUCCAUAUUGGGACCAUUUCCCAAAUUCGAUAACUUAUAUCGUUUAGAGGCUAAAAUCUGUAGCUACAUGUUCGAGUUCCUGACAUUUCUUGAGAGAUGUCCUAAUCUGAAAACUCUCAUCUUGGACUUUGGUUAUAAUGUGACAAAGAAAAAGCAGAUUGAAGUUAGAUAUGUACCUCGGUGCUUGUUGGUGAGUCUGGAGUAUGUUGAGUUUAAAGGACUGAUAUGGGAGGAAGAGAUUGGGAAGAAACAAGCGAGAUACUUUCUUGAGAAUUCAGUAGUUCUCAAGAAACUCCGUCUGUGGUGUUUUAGAGAUUCACUUACAAGCAAACAAGAUUCCGAUAUCUCCAAGGAGCUUCUUACAUUCACAAAGCGUUCUCCUGAAUGUCAGAUUAUUAUGCAUUGUCAUUGUCGUACGUGGAGAUCAGCGUAG